GGCGGCGGCGGCGGCGGCGGAGUGUGGUGCCAUCAUGCCGGAGCCAGUCUUAUACUCGGUGGACGACGUCACAGAUGAUGACGCUGAAACUCUGCGGCAGAAGUUCCUGCAGAGGAUCCAGCAGGAUGACUUAAAAGACAAGGUUGACCCGAGAGACGCUCGCCGGGCGAAAACUGACCCGCUCUGGUGCAAGCGGUUUCUGUCGCACGGCGACCUCGACAUGGACAAGGCUCUCAACUUCAUGAUCGACGCUGUCAAGUUUCGAAAGGAGAUGUGUGCCAAUGACAUUUCUCUCGCCACGGUGGACAACACGCUCUUCAGCAAGGGUGUCAUGUGCACCCAUGGACAGGACAAGAAGGGAUGUCGGAUCGCCAUCUUUAACGCCCGGUUCCACGAGAGGGUGUCAGGAGCGAGGUUUGAGGAUGUGAAGAAGUUCCUGGUGUUCUGGAUUGAGAAGGUGGAUAGGGAGGAGAAGGGGAAGCGGAUCAGCCUGUUCUUCGACAUGGGGAAUGCCGGCUUGUCGAACGUCGACAUUCCGUUCAUUUCGUACCUGGUCAACCUAUUUAAGUUCUACUACCCGGACAUGCUGAACAACAUCAUGGUGUUCGAGCUUCCCUUCAUCAUGACUGCCGCCUGGAAAAUCGUCAAAAACAUGCUGCCUGCGAAGUCCCACCAGCUGAUCAAAUUCGUCUCGAAGAAGGACGCGAACACGCUGGUGCCGGCCGAGUGCUUGCUAACGCGCUGGGGCGGCGAGGACAGCUGGGCGUACUCCUUCGACCCCGAGGAGUGCGCCAUGCCGCCGCUCCCCUUCCUCGGGGCUCAGGCGACCGGCGCCGAGGACAAGCCCAAGGUCAACGGGGUCGCCAACGGUCACGCCGGCGGGAAGAUGGCUAACGGGCACGUGCGCAGCAGUCAGAAGUCGUCUCAAGGUCACGAUAGCGCCGCCAAGUACCUCAGCGUGAAAGAUCCGCCGAGCUCUCCAGAGUCGGGGCACAAGGUGCGCUUCCCUGACGACGUCAGCACAAACAGUGACGAGCUGUCCGACUCAAAACUGCAGGAAGAUAACUCAACGGCCGAGCUAGGGAAACUGCUGGAAGUAACGCCAGGCGAACAGCUGUGGUUUGGAUCAUCCAAGACCAAGCAGACGAUAACGCUGAGCAACAUCCGAAGAGCUGGAGUCGCCUUUAAGGUGAAGACCACGUCUCCGGACAAGUUCCGCGUGCGUCCCAGCAGCGGGGUGGUACCCACCGGGCGGCGCGUGGUGGUGGAGCUGGAGCUGUGUGACGGCGUCACACCGCAGCACGUCGUCACGGACCGCUUCCUCAUCCUGGCGGCCGGCGUGCCGCACGAGCGCGUGCCUGCCCGCGACAUGGGACGCCUCUGGAGGAGCCUGCCCAGCGGAGACAAGCUGGAGCACUGCCUGCGCUGCGCGGCCGCGCCCGCGCUCAACGACCCGCUGAUGGCGCUGGUG